UCGAACGCGAUUCGAUGAUUCAGUAUCGAACGUCACGUCAAAUCAAUUCGGAAAAUUCUAUUGCUAUAAAAAUUGCUUCAGAAAGCGAUAUAAUAAUAAUAUAUAAUAACAUAAUAUAUUUUAAUAUAUUAUAUAAUAUAUAAUAUAAACAUUAUGCCUCCAAAAAAGUCCAAGACCGGAGACAAAACGGCUAAACAGCCGCCAAAAAAGGCCGGCGGAAAGGCUGCGAAAGGAAAGGUCACGACCGAAUUCAGUGGGCUUCCCACAGACACCAUGUCGAUUCCACAGCUAGAAGAACGGAUUAUCCAGCUGCGUGAGGAGCUGGAGAAGGAGCAAAAAGAGCGCAAUUACUUCCAGCUUGAGAGAGAUAAAAUAUACACCUUUUGGGAGAUCACCAAAGAGCAACUGGAGGAGAAGAAAGCUGAACUUAUGACGAAGGAACUUGAAAUCGAAGAAGCUGAACAAUGUCAUCAGGCUGAAACCAAGUUGUUCAAUCAGAAGGUUAAACACUUGCAGUUUGAACAACAAACCCAUAUAGCAAAACUUAAGGCAGAAGAAGUGGUUGCCACCAAACUCCAGGAGAAAGAGCAGAUAGACCUGGAGACUGAGCUGCGGAGAAAAAUGCGCGGACUGACAAUGGAUAUGCAAGAACAGAAGCUCUCCUAUGAGAACUACAUAAAAAAUCUCAACCUGAGCCAUGAUAAUGAAAUCACCAGGUUGAGAAGUAAAUUUGAAAAGAAAGUACAAGAAAUCGAGGCUGGAUAUGAGAGGAAGUUGAAAAAACAACGAGAGGAGCAAGACCUGAGGCGCAAGACUGAGUGCCAUGAAAUCAUUCAAAGGAAAACCAUCCACUCCAACACACUGAUAAAGAACCACGACAAAGCGUUCACUGAUAUGAAGAACUAUUACAAUGAAGUGAAUCGUGUGAGUGUCAACCAUAUCGGCUCACUUCAGGAGCAAGUGGAGGAAAUGAAGAAGACUGAGAAUAGGUUAAAGAGAGAGGUGGCUCAGGUGCGGGAGCAGAAUAAGCGAUUGGUUGAGCCGCUGCAGAAAGCCACGGAGGAAGCAUCGGAGCUAAAGAAGCAGCUUGCAGUCCAUAACGUGGACAAAGCCAAACUAGCCAGAGUGAGAACACGUCUGAAAGCUGUGGAGAAAGAGCUGAAGGACCUGAAAAUGGAGCAUGUAGUGCUGGAGGAGGCGUUCAUUAUGGUGCAGCAAAAGCGCGAUGAUCUAAAUAAGAAGUUCAACAAGGUCACCCUGGAGCUGCAGCAGAAAAACGGCUUUAAGAACCUGCUUCUGGAGAAGAAACUGAACACUCUUAAUGACAUCGUGGAGGCAAAAGAAACACAGCUUAAUGAGAUCAGAUACAUGAGAAAUCUGGUGGAAACUAUGAAAGCUGACAUCGAAAAGGGCUCAUCCUACCUGGAUCAGCCGAAGAUGCUGAAAUAUCACUACAUGACACUCCAGAAACGCUACCCCCUUAACGAAGAAAAUGCGGGGAAAGUGCCGAUCACCAAUAUUCCUGGAGAAGUCACUGAAGAAAUCACAAGAGUCGAUAGGGUUGGUCAAGUUACAGCACCUGGAAAUGGAGACUCUAGCAAGAUCCCGGAUACAGAUCGUGGCCCAUCUUCAUAACCGAGAUCAUAGUGCGUUGUACGUGAUCUACCCUUUGAAGAGAAUUAAAACACCAGAUAAAUGCCGGGGAGGUGUUUGAGGUUGAUGUCAUGCAGAGAGAGAGAUAGAAAAUUAUUAUUUUUUGUAUAAUUAUUAUUUAUAUUAUAUUAUAUGUAAAAGUGUAAUCUAAGUGUAAUCACCAAGUGUAAUCUAGUUUCCCUGAUUUUGAAACCCUCGCUGUCUGCAGGUGUGACAGAAAAAACCCUGAAAAUGCAAUAAAUGAAAAAGGAUGUUGAAAUAUAAACUGUAAAUUCUGUUAGCUAUUA